AUGGAGAAUUUCCAGUACAGCAUCCAACUGAAUGACAGGGACUGGGCGGAGUUUUACUCGGCUGCUGAAGAAUGCAGCUUAAUCCCGGCUGCCCUGGCCACGGUGGAGGAGCUGGGCGUCAGUGACAUUGAGCAAGGGGACGGCGAGGCCGGCAGCCCCCGCACCGCCAGGCUGAUCACAGUGAGGGCAGGCAGCAGGCCAGCUCCUGGCCCGGGACCCUGCCCCCCACAUGGGGUCCCCGGAGAGACCGCCCCGCCCCGGCCCAUCCCUGGGCACCUGUUCCUGGAGGAGGUUCUGUCGGGCAGCGAGGAUGAAAUGGAUCUGGGCUCAGGCAGCAGGUUUCUGUGUGAGAACGACACGCCCAGAUCCCCCCAGCAGACUCCGCUGAUGCCCAGCGCCCAGGACAGGCAGCUGCCUUGUUUCUCAGGGGCCGGCUCUGCCGGACCAGCUAGCCAUGCCAUGGAGAAGCCGCUCCAGGCCCAGGACAGCUCCCGCAACGAAGUGGGCCAGGCCGCAGAACGUGCAGUGGCCGCCCCGUUUGCUGUACAGGCAGGAGGGGGUCUGGCCGUAGUACCCCACGGUCACCUGCCAGAAGGAGCUCCACAGGAGGGGGAAUUACCAGGGGAGCAUCUGCAAGGCAGCCCAGAGAAGGCAGAGUCUGAAAGGCCAGUUCAUGCAGCGGAUGUGAGCUCCCCAGCGCUGGCUGCUUCAGGGGGGAUGGAGAGGCCAGCGGGGGAAAAGGCGAACUGGUCUCUCUGUUUAGAGCCUGGGCUGCCAGACCCUAACAGUGACAUUUCCCAGAAUCCAUCUGCAGAGCCCCUGCAGCCAACGUGUUCCAGAAUACCAGGGGAGAGCCGGCCUGCUGGGAAGAAUCCAGGGGAGCGUUUGGGUCUUGGUCAAGCCUUGACUGCUCCGGGCUCCCCUGGCGACUCUCCGGAUGUCAUGCAGCCCAGAGGGCCUGUGCACCAGGGAACGCCCACAGCUGCGGUGACACCAUCACACGCGGCCGUGGCACUGCAAAGCUCGACUCUAACUAUGGAGUUUUUAACCUCCUCUGCCCUACUGCGAGAGAGCAAAAGAGAGGGAAUAGUGGCCAAACCAGCUCUUGGGGGGCUGGAGGGUGAGGAUGAAGCUCAGCGAGGUGGUACCCUGACCUGUGGCAUGCUGGGGGAUGAGGGGCGAGGGUUGGCACUGGGGGGUCAGGCCGUCAGCGCUCCCAGGAGCAAGGCGGUGAAAGGCCCUGCAGUGCAGCCCUUCCCAGGGGAACUGAAGAAGACCAGUCGUGCAAGGCCAAAGCAAGCAACUGAUUUAGGAAUCCAUGAGAAUAUGUCGUUGAAUCAGAGCAGCAGACCCACUGCGUCACAGAGAGAGGAGUGCAGGAGCACCACUGGGAAGCCCCUGCGUCUUGGAAGCACGGUGGCAGUUGGAGGGGAUGCUGAAGAUGGAGCCCAGGGAAGGCAGAGAUCUGGGCUCCUAGGAGGGAUGUUUCCUCAUCAUUCAGCAGCUGAGGACUCUCAGGAGGGGGCCAUACCUGCCCUGACCUGGCCGGAGAUGUACGAGUAUUUUUUCUGUGACGCCCAAGAGCAGGGGGGGGAGAUGAACAGCUUGGGUAGGGUGGCGAAAACGCCCAUGUCUCCCUGCGAGAAGGAGCAGGAGGUGCCUGAAAUGUACGGGCCUGAGAUGUAUGAAUAUUUCUUUAACGAACCUGAAGAAAGUGGGGGAGGAGGCAGCAAAGACACCUUUGUGGAGCCAGACAGGAUCAGCACCUUGGAGCAAACUUCCUCACUGUGCGAAAGCCGGGAGGACCCGGGCUCGGCCAUAGCUGGAGAGCCCGGCGGUGUUAUCUCCAUCCCCGAGGUUUACGAACAUUUCUUUACGGACGGAGCAAGAGGCAGGAGGAGCUGGGGGCGGAUCUUCCUGCGCAUGCCGGCCUUGGAGGCAAGAAAAGCCAUGGCAGCUUUGAAAUCCUUCCUGCAAAAGCCAAUGCGCCUGGUCAGACGCAGCCCCUCCGACCGCGGGGUCCCGGUCCCACGAGGUUCCAUAAAGAGGCUCUCCCUUCUCCAGCUGAGGCCUCCCGGGAGAAUCCAGCUGAAGCCAGAGGAUUUAGGGAUGGCCCCUGCACUAGCAGAAAGGCCCCGCCCUCCCCUAGCUCUCACGCAGGAGGACAUGUGCCUGGUCUUCGUUGCCUUUGCAUCCUGGGCCAUGAAGACAUCAGAUCUGCAGGCUCCGGACGCAUGGAAGACUGUGUUACUGGCAAACGUUGGCACCCUCUCUGCCAUCCGGUACUUCAGACGGCAGGCCAUCGAAGGACGACACGGAACCUAG